AAAAAAAUAAUAUUUUUUUUAUCAGGCCUUGUCUGCAGCGCGCCGGGGAGACGGCCGCCACUGCGGGGGUUAAACGAACGGCAAGCCUUCGUCGCUGGCGCGACGGGUCGCGAACGAACGCGACGAACAAUACGAAGACGACGGUGGAGGGAUCAUGCCGCCCUUUCGCCAGGUGGCCGAGAAGCAGCUGCCAGCCGAGAUCUUGCACAUGUGCUGGUCGCCCAAGCGCGAUCUCAUUGGCCUGGCCAGCCGCUCUGGCGAGGUGCUGCUGCAUCGGCUCAGUAACUGCCAGAAGGUCUGGGGCCUGCCACCAAAUGACUCCACGGGCAGUGAAGUCACAGCCUUGGCUUGGAGACCAGAUGGAAAAGUGUUGGCAGUCAGUUACGGAGAUACCGAGCGACUGGUGCUGUGUGAUGUUGAGAAGGCGGAGAUCCUGCACACGUGCCGUGCAUUGCACAGGAUCACCUGUAUGCACUGGGUGGAGGUGAAACAGGAUAGCAGUCCGGAGUUAAAUUCAUUCGAGGACGAUCACACCGUUUACCUGUCAAAGCUGCCAGCUUUGCCUAAGAGUGAAGAGAAUUCUGAUAUUCAAAGGCUCUUGGGUGAUUCCAGGCUCAACAUUUUAGUUCUUGGAAGUUGCCAUGGAGUUGUUGCAUUUUAUGCCUUUGGAAUAUUUAAAAUUGCAAGUCUUUUGAUCAAGAGUGAGGGCCAGUGCCUUCACCUGUGUCUCUCCAGCGACCUAAAGGCCCUCUCUGUAGCAGUGAAAAAGACGAGCACUUUGGACGAAUCCCACUGCAAUAUCAUUUAUUCUCAGUGGGAUACCAGUCUUCUGGCUGCCAAUCUGCCGGAGGUCACAAAAAUGGCGAGGAAAUUCACCCACAUAUCAGCUCUCCUCCAUUAUCAAUAUCUGACGGUGCAGAGCAUGAGUGGGGCAUGGGAGGAUGUGCUCAUUGAAAUGGACAUGGGACUCACCAACUUUGUCAAGGAGAACCCUGACACCUCUGUGAGUAAUGAGUUCAUGGAGCUGCUGUUGUGGGGAACAGCCAGCCCUGAGCUCCAGAUGCUGCUAUUAAACAAACUCACAUUGAAGGGCUUAAAGAAGCUGGGUCAUGAGGUGGAGUCGUCUUACUACAGCAUUUUGAAGCUUCUCACCAGCCACCUGCAGAGCGGAGCUGAUGCACUUCUCUACCACCUGGUGGAGCUGAAGGGCAUGGCCAUGUGGCGACAAAAGUACGGGUGCCUGGGUCUGCGGGAGGACUCCGUGGAGGAAGCCAUCCAGAUUGUGGGUUCCUACAUGCUCAAGGCAGACGAGUUACUGCAUGUGAUCGAAAACAGCUUGAAGAAUUUCAAGUCGUUUUUCCGCUGCCUCUACGUGGCAAUGCUGCACAUGUCAGAUGAAACCAUCCCACCAGAGCUGAGUAAGGUCAGCCAGAAGGAACUCAUGUUUGUCGCAAACUUUCUUAAAGACCACUUUGAAAAGGAACCAACGCUGUUUGAAAAAAAAGGAAAAUUCUUCAACGUUGAUCGUGUGGGGCAGUAUUUAAAAGAUGAGCUGCUGCUGACACCGCAAGAUAUGAAGCACAAUUCGUGGGUUAACUUUGUCGAGAAAAGCGUUCACCUUAAAGACAGCCCGCUGCUGUACACUAACUUCCCAACGCGGUCACUGUGCCAAAUGCGCACGCUCAUGGAUGAGAACGUGCAGCAGUGUCUGCAGCAGCCAGCUGAGGUGAUCAGCGGCUCCUUGUGUGAGUGCGUCGAGGGAGUCUUGUUCAAACACCCUGCCAGAGAGGACACAAGGUCAUUCUGCCUGUCUUUCUGGAGCGACGAAGAUGCCUCUCAGCAGUACACGGUCUACUCUGUGGGCGCCGUUCCCACCUCAUCCCUCAUCCUCAUGCGGACCACCACAGACUCCACACGUGCCCGGAAUGAAAUUCCUGGCUCCCUUCAGCUGGUUGCGUUAGAGUUCUGGGGCCGAAUGAAGUGGAAGCGUAGCGAGCGAGCGGACGACACAAAGAGUAAACACAGGGUCGUGGACGCCAAGUUCUACGAUGGGCAGACGCUGAGCGUGCUGCUGCUGGAGGAAGACGGCGGAGAGGAGAAAGGACCGCUGCUGGCUCAGGUCCCGUUUGCUUCGGUGUACAGGGACCAGGAGCAGCAGCUAUCGCUGCAAUCUUGCAGCUUUAAAACGAGUUUGGAGGAGCAGAAGGGCAGUAUCCCGGUGCACGUGGUGACCUUGGUGGACCAGUGCAGGAGGAUGGAGAACAUGAAGGCACGGUUCGUCUCGGUCAACGGCAUCCGCAACGUUUCCUGCGUGCUGAGCAGUAACCUCCGCCACGUGCGCAUGUUCGAGAUGGACGUGGAGGAGGAGGGGGAGGCCGAGGAGGCCGCGGACGAGAGCAUCGACGCGCUGGAGGAGUCGAGCGACAAAACGCUCGAGUGCGUGCAGGACGAGGGCGACGUCUCCGUGUCACUAGACACCUCCGAGCUUUGUGACGGGGCCGGGCAGAGCACAUCCGGUGCCGACAACCGUUAAAGAUCGUCGUUGGCGCCUGCUGCCAAAUCACAGCGGCAGUGUCGACGUGAAGCGUUCAGCACUGUUUAACAGUGGUGGUUCGUGCUGGGACGUAUGAAAAAACUAUUUGGGGCUCGCGCGAAUUAUUCCUUUGGGUUUUUGCUUCGUCAACUCAUUUUUAUACAAAAUGAGUUGACGAAGCGACGAACUUGCCAUUAAUGUGUCUGAUGUCAUGAAAAUAUAUCCCUGGAUUUCCGUGUAAAUGUUUGUUUCCGAAAAGGACCCCAAUAAAUGUAUAAAUACUCAAAUAUAUCUUGUUUCAAAGUUAUUUAACUUAAUUAUGAAAAUACAUAAUUAACAUUGCAGGCUGGAUAUAUUUAGGAUUUUACUCGUCGAAAAGCUGUAUUGCAGUCGUCGUUCGCGCAAAAUAAUCAAAAGCAUCAUGGAGAAUAAAUAAGUUGACAAUAGUCCUCUUUCCCAUAUUUGUUUUCACAAAAAAGCAUUUUUAAAAUAGUAAUAGAUAACGGGAAUAAUAACAGAUCUUUACCAGAGCAGCACAUGCGAGGGCACUGCAAUUUCAGCUGAUCGCACCCGAUACAGCCAACCAUGCUCAUCAGAAGUGCAGGGGAAAGACAACUCAACACAAAAAGCAGUUAUAAAGAAAUUCGUUUUCAAUUUGGAUGGGAUGCGAUACUGCUGUCAAAGGUUAUCGGUUGCCAUCACAACACUUGCUUCAUUAUUGCCACAAUUUAUUUGCACACUCACAAAGCGUAAUUAUUUUGGUCAGGUUUUAUUGCAAUAAAACACCAAAUCAGCAA